AUGGCUGCCGACGAGGUCAUGGAGGAUGCGCAGUCAGGGUCGAAGCGGCCUGCGCCUGAUCUGAGCUCCUUGAUCCGAAAAAAAUACAAGCCUGAGGACCUUCCAACAACGGCGGCCCAGAAUGCAGCGAUUGACAAGCUGCUCCACUCUUUCAAGAAGAAAGGUGGAUUCGACAGCAUUCGCAAACAGAUUUGGGCAGAAUUCAAUGACGGGGACUCCAAGACCAAAUUUACAGAUCAAUUGAUCGCAUUGGCCGAAUCGGAGAUUGAGCGCGAGCCAGCGCACCUUUCGCGUGAACGUGGAAAAGCGGCGACACUGAUAGAAGGUGCCGUGGAUCGAAGCGACGUGUACAAGAACGUCGAGGAGUCCAUCAACACAAUAGCCUCCAAGCACCUCGACGCCAUUCUGGAGACCGUCCGUGCGAUUCGCCGCGAGGAUGUUGGGGAAAAGACAGCAUCAAAAGAAGAGCUUUCUGGGAGCAAGACCGACGAAGAUUACGAGGCGUUUGUGCGGGCCAGGAGAGAGGAACGAGAUAAGACUUGGCGCGAGGAAAUGCGCAAGCAAAAAGAACUCGAAGAGGAGCAAAGGCGUAUCAGGGAAGAGGAGCAACGCAAGAAACGGGAAGCGGAGCGCCAAAAAGAAGAGGAGGAAAGGGCCCGGAGGAAAGAGAUGGACGACAAAAGGCGUGCUGAACGUGAGCGCUUGCGUGAAGAACAAAGGGCACUCGACGAGCAAAGGGAUCGCGAGCGAGAAGAGCGGUACGAACGAAGGAGGAGGGAAGAUCGUGAUCGAUAUCGUUAUCGUGAUCGGUCCCCAGCAUAUCGCUCUGAUCGAGGCCUAUCUCCUCGCUUGAGAGACCCGAAAUGGGAGAAGUCCGCCGCCUCGAAAGACCCAACGCCCGCGCCAAAUCUUCCCAACGUCGACGAGAAGUCAUUAGAGGAGUUUGCGCUGCAGAUGUUGUUAAAAGAGGGCGAAGAACUGGCUGCCAAGGCCCGUCAAAAGCGCGAAUUCGACUUUGAAGAGGCUGAAGCUAUUGAGAACGGUCUCAAGCCCUCUGCCUCCGCUGCGCAACCUAAAACUUCUAGCGCCUCCACAAGAGCGCCCAGUCUUUCCAGAAAUUCCCGGAUCGAAGCCGCAGCACAAGUCGCUCGCGCCGCCGACAUACUUCUCGUUAUGAUCCCGAUCGUCGCCGUGACCGCUCGCGGGAUGCAUCCAUCAGGUCUCGAGACCGCUCUAUGGAAGCCCGUCGUGGCUACCGAGACUUUCGAGACUUUCGAGAUGAGCGCAGCUACCGCCCUGCGCGACGGAGCCGCAGUCGGUCCGCCAGCAGACCGCUGCGAGAAAGGGAGAGAGACCGCGAACGGGACAGAAACCGAAGUACCGAGAGGGAAAGGGAAAGAAUUCGAGAUCGUGAUCGAGACCGCAGACGCUCAAGAUCCCGUGAUCGAGACCGAGACCGAGACCUGGACCGACGACGGCACGAUCGCAGCCGAGAUCGAGACCGUCUUGACGAUGACGAUUACCGCUCUCGACGAGCUCGACACACUCGUUCUCCUUCCCGCCGACGCUCACGAUCACGCUCUCGUUUCCGUCAUCGCAGCCGAGAGCGUCGUCGUUCACGCUCCCGCUCUGCUGCUCCCAGAUGGCGGUCUCGAUCGCGAUCAGCUACGAGACGAAGGUCACGCUCUCGCCGUCGAUCACCUCCACGGCGGAACUCUCCUGGCAUUCUUGACAUUGACCGUUAUGUACCGGUUACGAGCACACGCAGUCGAUCACCUCGGCGCCGGGUCCGCACUCCGGAACGAGACAGAGACAGAGAUCGAGCUAUGGGCGAUAUCGAUCGGUAUAUCCCAGGCUCUGAGAAAGAGAAGGAAGCGCCGCGUGAAACUGCUCCAGGGGGCGACGGUGAAGCAUCAACCGCAGACGAACCUGCGAGAGAAUUGGAUGAUCGCCGGCCUCGCCGUCGCAGCCACAGCCGACGAAGAAGUCCAAGCAGAAGAAGAAGUCGAAGCAGAUGAUUCUUCUUUUUUUUCUCCCUCUAUGGGGGCCACAAAACAUGGAGGCUUGAUCAAAUCCAAACAUGCCUUAGCUAAAUGGCAGCAUGUUCUGGAUGCCCAACUAGCCAACGACAUUGAUGUAAAAUAG